GAAGAAGAAGAACGGCUGUAAAGAUGGCGGCUCCCAUAACGUGGAGGAGGCUGCGAUACUGUGUGUACAUGCCGGCCCUGGCUGGGGUUUUCACCCGAAUAUCAGACCGAUUCUUCCGUACACGCGAUCGGAGAAGAGGGUCAUCCUUGUUGCUCCUAGCCCCUCUCCUAGCAGAGGACGACUCCUCUCCCCUGCCUCUCUUCAGAUCCCCCGGGUCGACUGGAGCUCAGGGCACCGAUGGCCUCCAUGCCCGCUUCCUUUGGAUGGCAGAGCAUGUGCCCGCCUUCAGGGUGGCUGGCACACACAUCCACAUCCUCACCUCCCCUGACCAGUUUUACCAGGCAAUGAAGGCUCGAAUAAAGACUGCUAAGAGGAGAGUGGUGAUGGCCUCUCUGUAUCUGGGUACAGGACCCCUGGAACAGGACCUGGUGGACUGUAUGCAGGAAGCUCUGCAGCGUUCACAGGAGGUUGACAACUCCGACCUGCAGGUCUCCAUUCUAUUAGACUUCACACGCGGCUCACGAGGUCAGACUAACUCUAGGACCAUGUUGCUGCCGUUGCUGCAGCAGUACAGCAGUCGGAUGCGUGUGUCUCUGUACCAUACCCCUGAUCUGAGAGGGCUGCUCCGGCUCCUGGUCCCACAGCGCUUCAACGAGACCAUUGGGGUACAGCACAUAAAAGCCUACCUGUUUGACGAUGACCUCAUCAUCAGCGGGGCCAACCUGAGUGACUCGUACUUCACCAACAGACAGGACCGCUAUGUGCUCCUGGAGAACUGUUGGGAGGUGGCGGACUUCUUCUCUGAUCUGGUGGGUGCCGUGGGAGACGUGUCAUUACAGCUACAGCCUGACAACUCUGUCAGCAUGAUGAAAAACAUGGUGCACCCCUACAGAGGUAACCGGGAUGAUUUCUCGGCGUCGGCCCGGCAACACAUCAUGGAGGUGGUGAACACUGCUCGUAUGCGCCAAGACAUCGCCAACUCAGAACGUUUGAAGCGGGAGAGCAAGGGUGAAGAAGGGGGAGGGAAGGAGGACACUUGGGUUUUUCCUCUGGUUCAGAUGAAACCUCUGGGAAUACAGGUGGAUGAGCAGAUCACACAGCGUUUGCUGACAGAUGCGGGUCCCGGUGCAACUGUGUUUCUGACGUCGGGGUAUUUCAACCUGACAAGAGCCUACAUGUCGCUGAUUCUGGGGGUGGGCGCCGACUAUCAGAUCCUCACCGCCUCCCCGGAGGUCAACGGGUUUUUCGGCGCCAAGGGCAUUGCCGGGGAGAUUCCAGCGGCCUACAUCCACAUUGCCAGACAGUUCUACAGCAAAGUGUGUCAGCUGGGACAGCAGGAGAGAGUUCACCUUCACGAGUACCACAGAGCACACUGGACCUUCCACGCCAAGGGGCUGUGGUACUACCUGCGGGGGCAUGUGCGGCCGUGCCUGACUCUGAUUGGCUCUCCUAACUUUGGCUACCGCUCGGUGCACCGGGACCUGGAGGCCCAGAUCGCCAUAGUAACAGAGAACCAGGAACUACAGGCCCACUUGCAGGAAGAGCAGGAGAUGUUGUACCAGAGGUCUACAGAGGUGUCCAGCUCUACGUUCCAGCAGCCAGAUCGCCAUGUCAAGCUGUGGGUCAAAUUGGUCACUCCCCUCAUCAAGAAGUUCUUCUGAGAGAAACAGCCAAACAAAGGAGGCAGACAGCGGCCAGUACCCACUUGGCAGGCUUCUCCUUGGUCUUGAGGUUGAAGGUCCAGAUGAAGGUGGGACCCCUCAUGCGGGUCUUGUAGACGGGACACUCAUACACGUUCUUGGUCUCCUGUCGGUCCACCGGUACCGCCUUGAUGAAGAUCACCGGCAUGUUGGGGGUCAGCUCCUUCAGACGAGCAUCUGCUAUCACCCCUGUCUGUGUGUCCCAGCGUGCCCCUGUACAUACACAACCAGACACACACAUACCUACUGUAAAAAGUUUAACUCUAAACAUAUAAAAACAUAAUCUCUCCACAAUGAGACUGUAUGGUUGUGUAUAUCUACAGUACUGUACAAAUGGACCACUUAGUUAUUAAUGCCUGAGAAAUAGCAGCGUUUUUGUGGUGGAAACGAGUUGUGUUUUCCAUUAACUACAAACAUUAAUAUGCUGAGUACAUGUCAGCAGGAGGAAUGUUACUACAGGAUGUUUUCUACAUUCCAUAUCCAUUAGUUUUGUAUUGACAGUGGAAUCUGGUACAUGAUGAGAGUAGUGUGUGGGUCUGAAGGUGAAUACACAAACUGUGUGUGGACAGCCUGUGGAGUUUUGAGAUCCCUGGAGGAACCUUAAGAACAGUUGAGAGGAGAACUGAUCUAGAAGUGUUUACUAUGGUACUCUAACCAGCUCAUCCAGUGAGUCAUCCCAGGAACUGAACUUGAAAGUAAGUUGGAAUAGUAGAAUGCACAAGGUGCUAUUUAGAAAUUGGGUAGUGCAUCAGUUCCUCUUGUCAUAUCAGUCCUUCCAUAUAUUAGACAGCUAUUUAUUCAGAAAUGUCCAGAUCAACUAGCCCAUGUUAGCUAAUGUUUUUUUGCCCAUAGAUUUUAUUGUAAUAUUUGGGAACUCCUGCGCUAAACGGCUCAUACAGUGAGGCACCCCAGAAACUGAACUGGGCACUGUGUGUGUGGAUGGAUGACUCUGUAACCUAAAAGAUCAAUGUUUAAAAAAAAAAAAAAAAUAUGGUUUGACUGCACCUGUGUGUUAUUGACUGACUUCAUCUCCAGGAGAUGGAUGCUAAUGGAUAAAAUUGCCGCAAAUGUGUUAUACAGUAUCACUUUGGAGAUAAAAAAAAAAAAAUCCGGCAUGGCA